UCAUUUAUUACAACACUACAUAUCUACAUUUGUAUUACAUUGUUGUAGUAGUAUAGUUGAUAUUAAGUCGUUCCGCAGCCCGCAACAUGGCAAACACUAUCGUUGAGUGGUUAAUACAAACGAAUAAUUUAAGUGAACUAUGGGCAGCACAACCUACCUAUAUAAUAUCACAGGCCGUCUACAUUAUAGCCGGUCUUAUUACCUUAAUUCAUGCAUUCAACAAGGGCGGUCGAUGGCCGUACUUCUGGCUCGGCACCGUCCUACACGGGGUGUUCACCGACAACUUUUGGCAUUUCAUUUUACCAGAAUACGAUAACUUUUGGCAUUCACAAACACCCAUUAUAUUGCUCGGUGCCAGGUUACCUCUGCACAUUAUUUUAUUAUAUCCGGCGUUCAUAUACCACGCUGCGUACGCGCUGUCAAAACUCCAUUUGCCGUUUUACGCGGAACCUUUCGCCGUUGGUUUGCUGACUGUACUGGUGGACAUACCGUAUGAUAUCGUCGCCGUGAAGUUUGUCCAUUGGACGUGGCAUGAUACCGACCCUAACAUUUUCGACCGCCACUACUGGGUGCCUUGGAAUUCAUAUUACUUCCACGCUACUUUCGCUGCAAGUUUCUUUUUCUUCUUCCACGUUAGUAGGAAAUGGUUCGCUCCUAAAAUCGAGCAAUGGCAAUCUGCUAGUAAAGGCGCUGAAUGGAAGUCUCUCGUAAUCUCGUCUCUGUUAGGCAUGCCGGGAGGAGUGCUAAUGUUUGUGCCUAUCUACCAUCCACUUCAUGAUGUCUACAAGAUCCAUUCUGAAGUCACUUUCUUCCUCCUUUUUGCUAUCUUCGGCGUUAUCGUGCUCAACGGAAUUUUGAGCAAGCGAAAGGAAAACACAGACAAGUUAACUACAAUCGACUACGUACUUAUGCUGCAGUUAGUUGUCCAUUACUCUAUUUAUUGGAUUUUUGUUGUUUUCUUCGACCCUGAAAAGGAGAUAUCGAAGGGUUUGCACGAACCAGUUGGUCCUUGUAACGAACGAGCCAGUUUAGUAACGCCAUUUGGACAGACAUUAUAUAAGUCCAAGUACUUUUGUCCGGAUAAAUACGACGAGAAGUACUUUGAUUUCCAUUGCGUCGGCGGUAAGAAGCCUCAAAACGGUGACACCUGGUAUACCAUCUGUGGAACGCCUUUUGAAAAUCGUGCAGAGUACAUCACCGUUUUGUCGACAAUUUUGAUCGUCGCUGCUGGCGUUUUCUAUGGGCUUUACUUCAAAACGAUGCGCCAACAAACAACAACUAAAAAAUUGAAAUCAAAGUAAAUUGUGUGUGUUUUAGAUUUUCGUGUUGUUUUUUUGACAAAGAUUUAUUAAAACAAUCUUUAUUUGA